GUGAGGGGCAGCGGAGUGCCUGACGGUGUGUGAACCCGCGGGAGGCGCCCACAAAACGGGCGCAGGGACGCGGAGGUGUGGGAGUGUGUUGGGGGGGUCGUGCUGCUCUCAGGGCUCAGUGGAAGCCUUUCCUUCUGCAAACUGAGCCGUGCACAGUUGAGGUGUUGAGUGGCAUCACGCUGUGGAGGUCAGGAAGAGUAAGUGCCAGGGAGCCUCUGGGCAAUAUCAUGUGCAAAAGGGACUUUAUGGGAAUAGCACUGCCAGGCUCCCAGGCAGGGAGGUUGAGAGGUGUGCAAUGUAGUGUUUGAGAGUAAGAGAAAUUCAUUGUCAUGAGUACUCAGUCUUUGAGUACUGAGACCUGUGUGCACUGCAUUUCCUGUCAUCUCUCUGCAGCACAAUGGAGGAGCCAGCUGCAGAACUGCCAAGCAGCCAAGGAAAGGCUGAAAUGCACAAGUGCCAAACCCUUUUUAAAGGACUGGACUAAUCACCUGAAUCCACCCUUAGAACCAGUUUCUAAACUCAAGCAUGUUAACAGCAACAAGAAGGAUGUUCUUGGCACUGUGAUGGAGGGUGCACAAGAGGAUGGCAAGCUUGGAGCCAAAGCCACGCAGGACACUGGCCACACUGCUCUGAAGAAGGCUUCAAAUAGAUGCCAGAGAGCAGGAGGGGUGUGCCCAGUGCAGCCAGGGAACAAUGUGACGUUUCCUGCUUCUGCACUGGCUAGAGGCAGGCUCCCACCUUCAAGCUCUGGUCACCUAAAUCCAGAAAGGAGCCAGAAGCCUGCACAGGAGACUGUCACUGCAGCAGCACUGCAGGUGGGAAAUGACCACUCUCUGCACUCCCUGAAUGUGGGGCUGCAGGACAGGCUGGUCUGCAAUAAGGAAAACCUUGGCCCACAAGCUUCCACAUCCUCAGAGCUGAUCAGAACUAUCCACUCCAAUAAAAACAGUCUCAGGAAGGAGAGAGUCUUGGCCCACAGGCAAGGAAAAUCUGGAACAUCAAGGUCUGUUCUGGGUCAGAAAGGAAGUAUGGGCAACCACCAGGAUAAGGAAGAGACAGAUCUGGACAAAUUCAGGAAAGCCCUGCCAGAAUCAAGAAGGUCUGUUGGGAGGCACCCUGGGUUUCUCUCCCACCAAUUCAGUUGGCUAAAGGAAGAGUCCAAGGAAAAACAGCAAGCUCUUGUCAAGUUACUGUCUGCUGUGGUAACUGUGAUUUCUCUGUCCUUGGACAGGAAACAGCUGGAGGAGUGGUUGGCAUCCAAAGGCAAGACAUACAAGCGGCCACCAAUGAUGCUGCUUCAGAAGCAGGCGGUGAAAGCGUCCUGCAGAAAGGUCAAGGCAGCAGAGAAGCAAGAGAAUCCAGAGCAGCGCUGCCAAGCAAAGAUCAACAACAUAUUUACUGAGUGCCUGAAGCUCAUUGAGGAGGGUGUCCAUGCAGAGGAGAUCUCAGCAGUGCUGUCCCUUGUGCCACGGGCAGAGAAAUUUGCCAAAUUCUGGAUCUGCCAAGCAAUGCUGCUGGCCCGGAGCGGCCCCUUUGAUGUGUUGCAGCUGUACAGAGAAGCAGUCAGUGCUGGGGCUGAGCCAGUUGAAGAGCUCAGACAAACUGCUCUCAAGAUUUUGAAGGAUGCAGGCCAAAAACUGGAAGGAGAAAAGGCAGAGGAACCCAUUCCUUGGGAGCCUACCACACCUUGUCCAGCUGAGAGGCAGCCCAUAGCAUCGACUCCAGGCCUGGUGGGGAGGCCCAUGACCUCCCUCCCCCCCUCAGUCAAGCUGCAGGUUACAUCUGCAUCCAGAGGAAAGGAAUUCCUGGAAGGCCUAGAACUGAAAUUUGUAACUCCCGUGCGGCGCUCCCUGCGGACCGAGAGGGCUCAGAGUCGCUACCCAGAGAUGCUGAAGGACCACGACCCCGUGGUGUCAUCCCUCAGUGAAAUCCUGGAUGCUGAGGAGGACACUCGCUUCUUCUUCCGAAAAAACAAGGCUUUGCCAGAAGUGGCAGAGCUGGAGGGCUUAAGUCCAUAUCCCCCCAAGAGCUCCUGAGGGGUUCCCAGCAGGAGCAGGCUGCCUGCUCACAGUGCUGCCUUGUACACACUCUCCUGAGUGCUUGAGGCUUCCUGGUUGCCUCACAGUAGUACUUUCUCCUUGCUUUGUCUCUAGCUUUUAUGUAUCAAACUCUUGCUGCCCCUCAGAUGUAGAGGGGAGGGGUUGGCACAGAAUAAGCAUGGAUCAAAUGAAUAUCUCAA